CGUGAAAGAUAAUUGCAAUGUGGCAGUAUCGUAAAAGAGGUUUCCUAACCCAACUCUCAUGCGCGACCGAUUGAGCCUGAUUGCCGAAAAUCAACGUUAUGUCAUAGUAAAAUUCGAAUUUCGCACGGGACAGUGAGAGAACGCGCGUGUGUUAAUAAUUAUGUCUAUAUGCGGCGGACAAAAAUGAACGUACCAUUGAUAAUUUUCGGGAUUUUCCAUGUUCUGAGUGUAUUUCGAUCCUGCCACGCGUGGGAUAACGAUGAUUUGGAAGUGUUCGACGUCGCCGAGGAGGUCAAUGAAAAUUUCUACAACGUCUUGGGCGUCACACAGACUGCAAAUGCGUCGGAAAUCAAGAAGGCUUUCAGACGCUUGUCGUUACAAUUACAUCCAGAUAAAAAUCCUGCGGAAGAUGCGGAGGAACAAUUUAGAAAGUUAGUUGCUGUCUACGAUAUCCUGAAGGAUCCUGGAAAGCGACAGAAGUAUGACAAUGUACUUGUCAAUGGUCUGCCAAAUUGGCGAUCAGCGGUGUAUUAUUAUCGCCAUGUUCGGAAAAUGGGACUACUGGAAAUGAGCAUUAUUCUAUUCACAGUCAUCACGAUAGGACAAUAUGUCGUGUCAUGGGCAGCCUAUCUUGAAAAACGAUACACUUACGAGCAAGUUUUAGGUAGCAAGCUUCAAAAGAUGCAAAAGAAAUGUAGGAAAAGCAAAAUGGAUGUGCCAGACCUGGCUGACAUCUUGGAGAAGAUUCCUACUCCGACUAUGUGGAACACGCUUCCAUUUCAAUUACCAAGGUGGAUAAUAGGUUCGAUAAUAGCCAUACCGUCUACCGUUCGUCUCAUCGCACAGCUUCUGAGAGAAAGAAAGGAAAGGAAAAAACAGGAGGAAGAGGAGGCAUUAGCACAAGAAAACGAGCAGCCCGAGCCGGAACCGGUGACAUCGCGCGGUGUUCGAAAACGUAGAUCCGGCUUUACGCCGCAAGAGCGAAGUGGCAGUAAUCAUAAAGAAACGACAAAAAAAGAGGAUUGCGAUUACACGAAUCAUGUGUACGAGAAGCCAGCAGUAUCUGGUGGCUUGUGGACUGAUAACGACAUAUUAGAAUUGAUAAAGUAUGUGAAAAAGUAUCCCGGCGGUACUCCCGAACGAUGGGAGAAAAUUGCGAGUGUUAUGAGCCGCACUGUCGCGGAAGUCACGCACAUGGCUAAAAAGGUAAAAGACGAAGGUUUGAAACCUGGCGAACCGGUGGAGGAGGCUGCGACAGAGGAAAGACCAAAGAAGAUUAAGACUCGUAGUGAAAACACAGUCAGCACCACUGAGUGGAGUCAGGAACAGCAAAGAGCGUUGGAAGCUGCUCUUACUAAAUAUCCCAAAGGUGCAUCCGUAGAUAGGUGGGAAAAAAUUGCGAAUUGCAUCGAAGGGAAAACAAAGGAAGAAUGCCAAGCACGUUAUAGGCAAUUAGUGGAACUAAUAAAAAAGAAACAACAAGUUCAAUAGUUCAAUUUAUAUAGGGGAGAAUCUUGUUUCUGAAGAUGUACUUUAUAUCACUGAGCCAAGAAAUAGUAUUAUUGAAUUAUAAAUAAGGAAGCGCGGGGGAAAAAGUGAUAUUUCAUGAUUACCCACAAUAUCAAUUUGUCUGCUCUUGAAGAUCAUAAAUUUCUUACAAAUUCUUUUAUACAAAUAAUAUUUUAAUCAUAUUAUAUGUAUAUGUGUAUAUAUAUAAUAUGUAUAUGCGUCUCUCUCCAUAAGCAAACUUAUCAUGAAACUUAACUAAAAAAAUAUUAAAAAAGGAAAAAAAAAAUAAAUCGGAAAAUACGAACGUUUUCCUAUAUCUUAUUAAAUGUUUAUUGAAGAUGUAUUUAUUUAAUAAAUUGAAUAAUUAA